UAUUUAAUAUUAUGCAUAAACUGAUUCAAAUAACUAAUUGUGUAUGUAUGUGACAUUUAUGUUUAACUUGAGCUACAUUGGAUUAAAGUAUAGAUAUAAAUCAAUCAUUUAUUAAGAAAAACAAAAAGAAAAAUCUAACUCAGAUGAUUUGCUAAAGUAAAGUAAAAAAGAAGAUUGAUUAAAGUUUAUUCUAAGACAACAAACUUUAAAGUUAUAUAAAGAUUUUAUGAGAGCAUUGAAAUUAGUAGAAGAUAAAGAACAAAGGAAAGAACUACAUAUGUGGAUUCGAGAAGAUUUUGAAAAGAAUAAACAUCAUGCAGAUGAGGUAAAUUUAAAUGAGAAAAAUAUACAUUUUAAAUGAAAUAAAAGUGGCUUGAAUUUUAUUUGCUACAUUUUAAACUGAAAAUUUAUUACAAUGAGUGUGAAUCAAUCAACUCUAAGUGGUCAUUGUUAUUGUGGAGCACUGGAAGCUGAACAGUAUAUGUUGGAUUGUCAGAAAUGCCGAAAAUUAUUUCAUCUUGGUUGUUUAAUAUCUGGUCGACCAAGUAAUAUAAUGGGGGAUACAUACUUCAAUUUUACUUGUUCUCUUUGCUCUCCAACUGGCAAUGAAGUUGUGGAAAGAAGUAGAUUGCUCUGGAUACAUGCAAUAUUAUUAACUUUAUAUAAUCUUCAGUUAAAAGGUGGUGGAAAAUGUGGGUUUUAUCGAUGGAGAGAGCAUAUUUGUAAUUUCAUUGAUCGGAAUUGGACGACAUUUUUUGGAAAUACAAGAACAAAAAAAAAGACUUCUACAUGGCAUGGAACAGUUGCUGGAACAUUAUCAGCAAAUUGUCCACAACUUUUUAGAUCUGGUUCAUCUGUUCUCAAGGAGAAUGGCUGGUGGGCACUUGCUGAUUCUUCUUUACCAACCCCUACUGAACUUGAAAUAUUGUUAGCAAAUCAAAAAAUUGGUCGUAAGAAUAAAUGUUCAGUUCAAGAGGUAUCACCAAAAGUGGAAGGACUUCGUCAUAGAUCCACUAAAACUGCUAUUCAGGCUGCAAUGGAAUUAAAAGAAAGGAGAUCAGUUCUGCAAGAAGCUAAAGAGAUCCGAAAAACAAAACAGUUAUUUUCAUGCCAAGAUAAUGAUAUUCCAUCUUUGAAUGUAAAUGAAACUGAAGAAAGAAAAAUGGAUGAUUGCAAAAUUGAGACAUUGGAUAGUUAUAGUGGUGCAGUUUCUAAAAAUGAUUCAAAUUUUAAUUUAGACUUUAAUAUUAUGCAAGAUGAAAGUAUUUCUGAUUUGAAUAAUGAAAUACAUAUAUCUGGCAAAAAUAUUAUUGAGGAAAGUACUGAGCAGAAAUUAAUUUUUAAUAAGGAAAGAACUAUAGAAGAAACUGUACAAGAAAAUUUAUUUAAAGAUAAUGAUAUUCCUUCAACAAAAGAAGAAAUUGUGGAAGGAAAUGUUUUAACUGACUUUUCUUACUUAUUACAAACAGAUGAAAAUGAUGAUUUUGAUAUAGAUCCAACAUCUAUAUCUUCUCCAUUGUUACAUCAUCCGGAAUUACCAGCUGUUGAAGAUUUAUUAUCUACAUUUUCUUGUACAGAUGAAAAAACAGUUUCAUUAACUGAAGGAGUUGACAUUAAGGAAGAACCUGAAUCAGAUGAAGAUAAACAACUAGAUGAACCUGAUGAUCAAAUAUUUGAAAGUGAUGAAGAGAUUGUUACCAAUAAUCAUCCAUGUGCUUCAACUGUUCCAGAAGUUGGUCGAAAAAGAAAAGCAGUUUUUAAAGAAGAACCAACAAAUGUUUCAAAACCAUCUAAAACAAAAUGUGAAUUGAUGACUAUUUAUGAUGAGCAGCUUCUUUUAAAAAAGUUAGAUGCAAUGUAUGAUACUAUUCAAAAAUGUCCAACUGCAAGGAGACUUAGGCGUAAAUUAAUUAUUCGUAAAUUGAAAAGAGAGAAAAAUUUACCUAUAUUUAAUUUAGACACAGAAGUUCAAUUGCACUGUGGUCUUAUUCAACAAGAAAAUGUUGAAAAACCAGUAUUUAAAUGCCUACCAUCUGUGCAAAGUAAACCUGGAAAUCAUAUUUUAGAUCGUUAUCAAACUGGUCAUUACAUUGUUUGUGGAACUUCUCAUCAUCAUCCAAAUUUUGUAACUAGAUUAAUGGGUUUUGAAGAAGAUCAAGAAUGUAUCAUUAGUCCAUAUACAGCAAGAAUUCUGAAACCUUAUAUAUUUCGAGAUUAUGAAACAACUCCAUUGAAAUUAAAAUUAAUGAAUGAAAUUAUAGCACAUUAUCAUAGACAUGAUAAGGAUUGGAAACCAUUACAUCAUCAUCCAAUUGAUUAUUGUUAUGUAAGACCUCAACAUAUUGCUGUUGUGAAUUCCCUUUGUAGAGAAUACUUUUGGCCAGGUAUUGAUCUUUCAGAAUGUUUACAGUAUCCAGAUUUUAGUUGUGUUGCUUUAUAUCGAAAAGUAGUGAUUGGAUUUGCAUUUAUGGUUCCAGAUGUAAAGUAUAAUGAAGCUUACAUCUCAUUUAUUUUUACUCAUCCUGAGUGGCGAAAUGCUGGUAUAGCAACAUUUAUGCUAUACCAUCUUAUUCAAACUUGUAUGGGUAAAGAUGUCACUUUACAUGUAUCUGCAACAAAUCCAGCAUUAUUUUUAUAUCAGAAAUUUGGUUUUAAAGUGGAAGAAUUUAUUUUAGAUUUUUAUGAAAAAUAUUUUCCUCCUAAUACUAAAGAAUGUCGACAUGCCAUGUUUCUUCGACUGAGUCGAUAGCAAUUAUCAUUAGUUAAUAAUAAAUUUUUUAAAUAUUUAUUUUUUUAAUCUCUCAAUUUGUAAAAGUAAAGCAUAUUUUUCAGUGAAAUAUUUGAAAUAAAAUUGUAUCAUCAUUAAUAUUAAAUCAUAAAUUAUUGUUUUGAUAAUGGGAUAGUCAAGUUUAACUUCAUUCAUUUGACUUUCAGGUGGUUAUUAGAAUGUUGUUGUCUCAGGGACGACUUCAGCUCAGAGAAUUGCAGACCACAAUUCAUUUGGUUAAAUAAUUUUUUAUGUACAGU